AUGGCAGAGAAGAAAGAGAAAGCAAAAAAUCUCGGAUUAGUAAAGGUAAGAGCACUUGCAGCAGAAGUCAUUGGCUGUGGUAAGAACAAGGUAUGGAUGGACCCAACAGAGUCUAUUAAGCUAUCUGAGGGAAAGACAAAGGAGCAAGUAUCACAAAUGGUAGAAGAUGGUUUAAUUGUUAGAAGGCCAGACGUUGGACAGUCUAGAGGAAGAGUAAGACAGUUCAGAUUAGAAAAGUCCAAAGGAAGACAUAGAGGUCUAGGAAGAAGAAGAGGUACAAAGAAUGCAAGAUUCCCACAGAGAAAGAUCUGGAUGCUUAGAAUAAGAGCACUUAGAAAGGAUCUUAAGGCUUUAAGAACUGAGGGAAGAAUUGACAGGACAAUGUACAGAUCAAUCUACUUAAAGGCAAAGGGUGGAUACUUUAAGAACAGAAGAAUGCUUAAGGAGUACGUCGUCAAUGAAGAACUCAGAAAGAAGAAGGAAGAGAUAGUUAUGGCACAAAUGAACAUUUCUAAAUAA